AUGGUUGCUCCUGUCUACUCCUUUCUUGUCCUGGUUCUUGUCGGAGCUCAGGCUUUCCAGCCGGACCGCGGAGAUCUGCAGGCGGAUGUUGGUGAGCUGCAGAAGAUGAUGGCGAAGUCGGCCGAAGAGACGAAGACGUUGAAGAUGGAAAUGGAGGACCUGAAGACGACCAUUCUGACUGCACUCGGUGGCCUUACCGGAAACUCACCGGGUACCAAGCGCCAGCUUCCCGAUGAAAACGGAGACGUGAGCUUGACUGGGCAAACUGAAACGUCUGCUUAUGCCCUGGGUCUCCGCGGCCCGUCCGGCCGAGACGGUCGGGACGGCGCGCCGGGCCGGGACGGGGCUGCGGGAAGAGACGGGCAGCCGAGGGGCGACAUUGGGCCGGAGGGGCCUGCUGGCGAGCAAGGAGAGAGAGGAGCGGACGGGAACGGAGGAGGUUCCGUGUACAUCCGCUGGGGAAGGACCACCUGUCCGAAUGACACCGACACGUCAAUCAUUUACGACGGCAUCGCUGGAGGCACACACUACAGCCACAGCGGAGGAGGCGCCAACUACGUCUGUCUACCGAAGGAUCCUGAGUGGGGAGUCUUCACGGAUGGAAGCCAGGGUACCGGCGCGUACAUGCAGGGGGCGGAAUACCAACUCGGCUCAAACAGCCCUUUCCAAGGCGCCUCCCUCUAUGAUCACGACGUCCCCUGCGCUGUCUGCCACGUGGCGUCUCGCGGCGCCAAGCUGAUGAUCCCCGCCCGUCUCAGCUGUCCUACCGGCUGGACUCGGGAGUACAAGGGGUACCUCAUGACUGAAUAUCUCAAUUACCACCGCUCCGAGUUUGUCUGCAUGGACGGGGAGCCCGAGACCAGGCCCGGCGGACACGUGAACGAGAACGGCGCGCUGUUCUAUCCGGUAGAAGCCAGCUGCGGGUCCCUGCCGUGUCCCAACUACGUGCAGGGUCGUGAGCUGACCUGUGUGGUCUGUACCAAGUAAUGCCCGCGUCGUCAAUGACACGAAGCCACAGCGCCAGGGUCGUAAAGUAGACAUUGAGGCUUAAUCAAGCCAAGUCGUUUGCUGAAUAAAAUGCAAA